UUCAGUGUGGUGUCCACUCAGCCUCCUCUCAUCAGACCUUCUCUUCAUCAGGCAAGUGUCUCUUCUCAACUCACUCAACUCUUGUGAUCAACGAACAAGCACAGAAAGAAGCAGCAGCUUUUCAACCUCAUGCCAGAAUGCCUUUCGGAGGAGGAAACAAGUGUGGCUGCUGCCAGAAAACUGUCUACUUUGCUGAGGAAGUGCAGUGCGAGGGGAAGAGCUGGCACAAGUCCUGUUUUCGAUGCAUGGUCUGUAAGAAGAACUUGGACAGCACAACAGUGGCUGUCCAUGUGGAUGAGCUCUACUGCAAGUCAUGCUAUGGCAAGAAAUACGGGCCAAAGGGGUAUGGAUUCGGAGGUGGAGCUGGCACUCUGAGUAUGGACACAGGAGAAGGACUUGGAAUCAAGCCUGUAGUACAAGCUCCUCAUCAACCAACAAGUAACCCCAACACCUCCAAGUUUGCUCAGAAAGCAGGAGGCUCUGAUGAGUGUCCUCGAUGUGGCAGAACAGUAUACGCAGCAGAGAAGGUUGUCGGAGGAGGCAACUCCUGGCAUAAGGGAUGCUUUCGUUGUGCCAAAUGUGGCAAAGGACUGGAGUCCACGACCCUUGCUGACCGAGAUGGGGAGAUCUACUGUAAAGGCUGCUAUGCAAAGAACUUUGGGCCCAAGGGUUUUGGCUUUGGUCAGGGUGCAGGGGCUCUGGCUCAUUCCCAGUGAAGCCCAAAAGGACCGACAUGUGGUGUGCUCUGAUAUGUCAUUCACUUCCAGGAUCCAGUCCCCAUCUUAUGUUACUCUGCCCUUUCACACCCGCUGCAGCAACAAGGAACAACAAAGGCAGACAACAAGCAGUUUCACCUGCACUUUACAGUUUCUUGCAAAUCUAUGUCUUCUAACUUUAUUUCCAAAGCAUUUAAUCUGAGCUGUCCCUCCCAGUCUAAUUCUGUCCAUCAUGGUCUCUCACAAUGAAAAUGUCAGCAUCUUCAUCUCUGCCAUCUCCAGCUCCACCUCCUGUCUUUUAGACAAUGCCACUGUCUCCAAGCCAUACAUCAUGGCUGGCCUCACUACUGUCUUGUAGACCUUCCCUUUCCCUUUUGCUGCUGUCCUUCUGUCACACACUCCUGGCCCGGUGGUAAAUAGAACACACACCAGUCAUACUACAAGUCCCAUAAUGCACUGCAGUAGAUGCUGGGCAGGUCAUGGUUUUAUGUUAGUUUUUAAUUCUUUCCUAAAAUCACACCAGUUUGUUUACAUUUGAAAUAUUCUCAUUUUGCUUGACAGUAAUGUUAAUAAGAAUGAUUUAAACUUGUAUUUGUUUCGAAAAACAUUAUGGUCUGGCUGUUUAAAGUCACAUUUUUGAUGAAAUCAUAAGUCAGUUUUAGUUGUUAAAAAUGUUAAUCCUGUUUGGCCUGCGACUUAGACCAUGCUUCUGUGAUAUUGCGUAUCUUUAAACUAACCACUUAACAAAAAGAAAAGAAAUCAGGCGACCAACUGUCUAAAGUUGUACAACCUGUCUUCAAAUAUGCCUUGUUGCCAACACACAAAAUAAACCUCAGGAAAAAAAAAAUGGUGGGCAUUUA